AUGCCUCCUCUGAAGACGGCUAUAAGGUGCAAAAAAUCUAAUAAAAUUGAUGGCGUAUCAACUACAUCUCCUGCUGUUUCUUCCGAAUCAAUGAUCAAGGUGGAAGUCGUGUUGGAGAAUUAUGUAGUAGAUGGGAUGCAGGUCAAACAAGUGGAGGCUCAGCUCUGGUGGAAGCCUGUCUGCAUUAGUUCUUGUUGUUCUGUUUUUGGUUCAAAAAAUUUGGAAUUACAAGAUAAAAGGGCCCUAAAGCAACUACACCGAUUGGAUGCUGGAAACCCGGACUCUCACCGAUGCUUGAUAAGAUUCUUCCAUAAAAUGGCAUCAAGGCUAGCUCCUGUCACUGGUGGUAAAAAACUGAUUUCCGGUGUCCUUGAAGCAAAGCGACCUACUAUCAGUCAGUUGCAUGACAAAUCUCGGAUGGAGGCAAAUAUUGUUUUCCUCGAACAACAUAAAGGCUUAUUUUGGUGCUGGAUUAAGUGGAGUUCUGGCUUGGUGUGUGCGAGUGGGAAGGAACCAACCCAAUGCCCCCGGAGUUCUGGCACCUUCCAUCUUUACUUCCUAUGUAUCCAGGGUCUUGUUCAAUGCUUUAGCUGUGUUUGCUCUAAGGGAGAUCAACUUAUCAAAAGUAACCUUCUCAACAACAACAUUCUACUUAAGCAGGUGAGUAAUCAAGAUUAAGGGAGACUUGUAAUCAUGUUUGGCAUUCCUUUCCAGUAAGAAAUAGAGUUGUAUGAUUAUUUGUUAGUUUUAUAAGAAUGUAUAACCCAUGUUAGCAAUGUAUUAUUUUUGUUUA